AUGCCCGCGGCACCUCACACACCCUCUUGGCCAUGUCUUCCGAAGGUGCCUACCUGGUUGACCUCUCUUAACCUCUCAACUUUCUUUGGUGUCUCUCAGACGUUGGCUGCCCCGCACGUGCUGUCUUGUGCCGUGCGUGCUUACGCAGUAGAUCGCUCCCCUGGUCCCCUAUCCGUCCACACACCCAUCCAGUUCAUCGGCAUCUCAGACGCCCGUUUCCCGAGUAUUCCCAAAGGCAGGAGGUGCCUUACCCGGGGGCCUAGGCCCUGUCCAAAGCCCUCUGACAUCGGAGUAAGGCACAUCAACAUAAGAUGGACGUCCAGUACAUGGAGCGGCGGCGGCAGGCACCGACAGAGGUAG